AUGUGUGUUCUGCGCAGCGCUCCGUCUCAGUUCAGGGUUCGUGCGGGCAGCAGUUGCCGCAGAUCGGGAGGCGCCCUCUACAGGGUGACCAGCGUGUACAGACACGACGACUACGAUUCGAAGAAGCACGACUACGACAUUGGAGUCAUGCGCAUCGACGGAGCCUUUGAAUAUAACGAUUUCGUUCAGCCCAUACCACUGGCUACGUCUUUGCCAAAACCUGGUACCCCAGUGAUCGUUGCUGGCUGGGGACGCACCUCAAGCAAUGGACCGUUCUCUGAGAGUCUGCUGGCCAUGAAGCUGAGCGUCUCGACGCCAGCCUCCUGCAGGGGCAGCUUCCCCUACGUGACCUCCCGCUUGUUUUGCGCCGAGGACCGCGACGGAGGGGGCAGCCCGUGCAAGGGCGACUCUGGGGGGCCCCUGGCGUGCGUCGGGGUGCAGGUGGGGCUCGUGCAGGGGGGCAAGCAUUGCAGCCCUGACCUGCCCUCACUCUUCACCAGCGUUCCCUACUUCCGCGGUUGGAUCAGGAAUAUCACUGAGGUCUGA